GGCUUCCAGCUUCCGGAGCAGUGGAGGGAGACCCACAGCACUGCGCUGUGGGAGGAGAGGCUGAAGCGGCUCUGGACACCGCCGGCCCCGGAGAAGUUGCAGCCAGCCUUCCCGCUGUUCGCAUUCCCGCGUCAUCACCGCUGGCGGCUCCACCUGGUGGCUUCGGGCCCCAGGUGAGCACUGGGGCAGUCCGGACCAGGAGCGCAGGUGGCCGGGGGCGUGGCCUGGCGGGGAGGGCGUGGCCUGGCCGGCGCCCCGCCUCGGUCUCGGGCCGCAGCUGCAGGGCAGAGGCAGCGGGCGUCCUCACUGGCGAGCUCUCGGCGCGGUCGGACGGCGGGAUGCUGGGUUCGCGCGCGGCGUGGCUGCUGGGGGGCGCCCUCCUGCUGGCCGCCGCGGCCUCUGGCAGCUCCACGGGGCCAGGUGCUGGAGUCAACAAAACCUCCAAGGGCAGAAGUCUCAUCGGGAAGAACCAUGAACGCCUCCCGGUCACCAAAAAAGGCGUCACAGUGGCUCCAGGCUUUGCAGUGAACGAGGUCUCCGCGUCCAUUCUCACUGGGAAGCUGACUACCGUCUUCCUCCCGGCCGUCUACAUCAUCGUCUUUGUGGUGGGGUUGCCUAGCAAUGGCAUGGCACUCUGGGUCUUUCUCUUCCGGACGAAGAAGAAGCACCCGGCUGUGAUCUACAUGGCCAACCUGGCCUUGGCGGAUCUCCUGUCGGUCAUCUGGUUCCCCCUGAAGAUCUCUUACCACAUACAUGGCAACAACUGGCUCUUCGGGGACACCCUCUGCAAGGUACUCAUCGGCUUCUUCUAUGGCAACAUGUACUGCUCCAUCCUCUUCAUGACCUGCCUCAGCGUGCAGCGCUACUGGGUCAUCGUGAACCCCAUGGCGCACCCCAAGAAGAAGGCCAACAUUGCCAUCGGGGUCUCGGUGGGGAUCUGGCUGCUGAUCCUGGUGGUCACCAUCCCUCUGUACAUCACGAAGCAGACCCUCUAUAUCCCGGCCCUCAACAUCACCACUUGUCACGACGUACUGCCCGAGGAGGUGCUGGUGGGGGACAUGUUCAGCUACUUCCUCUCCUUGGCCAUCGGAGUCUUUCUGUUCCCAGCCCUCCUCACGGCGUCGUCCUAUGUGCUCAUGAUCCGAGCGCUCCGGUCCUCGGCCAUGGAUGAGCACUCAGUGAGGAAGAGGCGCAGGGCCGUCAAGCUGAUCAUCACCGUCCUGGCCACGUACCUCAUCUGCUUCACACCUAGUAACCUACUCCUCGUGGUGCAUUACUUCCUGAUCAAGAGCCGUGGCCAGAGCCAUGUCUACGCCCUGUACAUCACCGCCCUCUGCCUGUCCACUCUCAACAGCUGCAUUGACCCCUUCAUCUACUACUUCGUCUCUCAGGACUUCAGGGACCAUGCCAAGAAUACCAUCCUCUGUCGCAGCGUCCGCACGGUAAAGCGGAUUCAGGUCUCCCACACCUCCACCAAGUCCUCCCGGAAGUCCAGCUCUUACUCCUCAAGCUCCACCAGCGUGAAAGCCUCCUACUGAGCCUCCCUGCCCCGAGGGCAGAAGCUCCAGCUGGGGUGCAGUGGCUCCUGUGGAGGGGCUGGUGUUCCAGGACUGUGGGAGUAGACGACUCCCCUAGAACCCAGGAUGCAGCGUCAGAAGCCAGUAUUCGGAUGGCCCAGAAACUGAUCUGACCAAAGCAGACUUUUUAGAUUGUGGAGAAAAGAUAGAAACCUGUGGUGCAGAAACUAUGCCUAGUUUCUAACUAUAAGUGAUUGUUCUCAUCUCACGUCUGAUAGCCGCAGUGUGGGGCUCCCAGGGAGCCUCAGUCUAAUGGACCAAUUUUCCAGAUGGAAAACAAGCUGGGCCCAUGGCAGGGAGCUGUGAGCGGUGCUCUCGGGGUGAAUGAGAGACUCCAGCUCCCCACUGCAAUGGGUGACGCUGCGCUGUGCAUGGAGGGCAUCUCCAAGGCCAUGUGUGGUUCACGCCCACUCGAGGCAGAGGACCUUUGCCCGAGAGCUUUUCACUUGACAGAGUAACCUUGGCUUCUGAAGACAAGAGCCGGAAAGAGUGUUUUAUUCUUUUCCUGUUCUGCUCGGAAUGAAAUUCAUUGUUGAUGUACUAGGACUUUCGGUUAUUUCUUUGUUAUCUCCUUAUGGUUCCAUAUGUAUUAUCAUGCCGGGAAAGUACAAAGUGGAUCUUAAACAUGGAAAUCAACUUUACUGUAGGAUCUUACUGACUGCAGCCCAAGGAGAACAUUUACCACUUAGUGUUUUUCAGAGUUAUGAUUGGCGUAUUUAUUGUCCAGUUUUGUUCACUUGUCAAAUAAGAAAUUUGACCACUAGAACCACUUCUGUUGGAAAACAGCGUGAAUGUUUGAGGCUUGUGACAUAUUUAAAAGGGACUUGACUGCAAAGUGACUGUGCACCUGUUGUAUUAUGAUUUUUAAAAACUUUUAUUGUAUGGUUGAUUUAUAAAUAAUACAUUGUUUUUUAUAAUUUA